AGCAUUUUUUAUUAAACAUACAAACCAAUUAUUUGUAGAUGAGCUCUAAAAAGAUUACAUGGAAGUCUAUUGUUUUGAUCUUAGGUUGUUACAAGACAACAUACUCUUUGGAGGAAUCGAAAAAACAAGGUUCAUUCCAAAGGCUGUCUUUGUCUGAUAUAAGUAUUUCUAACUCUAGUAUUCAAGCUAUUGAGGAUCUUUCGGUUUCUUUAGCUGGUUCAAAGCUUUACAUGUUCAAUCUCGAGGAGUUACGAGAAGCAACUCAUGGUUUCUCAUGGAGUAAUUUGUUAGGUGAAGGUGGUUUUGGACCUGUUUAUAAGGGUUUUGUUGAUGACAAACUUAGACAUGGUUUGAAAGCUCAACCUGUUGCUGUCAAACGGUUGAACUUGGAUGGAUCACAAGGUCACAGAGAAUGGCUGGCGGAGAUUAUAUUUCUUGGACAGCUUCGACAUCCACAUCUUGUGAAGUUAAUUGGAUACUGUUGCGAGGAAGAGCAGAGGCUUUUGGUGUAUGAAUAUAUGGCGAGAGGAAGUUUGGAGAAUCAAUUAUUCAGAAGAUAUUCGGCUACCUUACCAUGGUCGACGAGAAUGAAAAUUGCAUUAGGUGCGGCUAAGGGACUAGCUUUUCUUCAUGAAGUAGAUAAGCCUGUAAUAUAUAGAGAUUUCAAAACUUCGAAUAUAUUACUGGAUUCGGAUUAUACUGCUAAAUUAUCAGAUCUAGGAUUAGCUAAAGAUGGUCCUGAAGGAGAAGAAACACAUGUGACAACAACAUGUAUAAUGGGAACAAAAGGAUAUGCUGCUCCCGAGUAUAUCAUGUCAGGUCAUCUUUCUACAAAGAGUGAUGUGUAUAGCUAUGGAGUAGUGUUGUUGGAACUGCUUACAGGAAAGAGAGUAGUGGACAAAACCAGACCAAAUAAAGAGAGGCACCUUGUGGAAUGGGCAAGACCUAUUUUGAGAGAUCAAAGAAAGGUUCUUAAUAUCAUAGACUCAAGAUUAGAGAGACAGUUUUCUGUUAAAGGAGUUUUGAAGGUUGCUGCAUUGACUUAUAAAUGCUUAAGCCAUCACCCUGCUCCAAGGCCUAAUAUGAGUGAUGUGGUAAAGAUAUUGGAAUCACUACAAGACUUUGAUGAUGUGAUCAUAGGACCAUUUGUCUAUGUGGCUGUUAGUGAAAGUGGCCAAUGAGAUUAUGACAAAUGAUGUCUGGUUUGGUCCUAGGCACAAAAAAAUUAUGUUCUGCCUAUGGUAAUGCCAAUUUAUCAGCAUAGAAUAUAAGAUAUUUUUGUCAUUUUAGUUUGUAAGAAUUGGCUCUUUUUAAUCAUGAAACUGAAUGUAAGUAAUUACUAAGUACAUGAUUAAGGUGAGCAUAUCCAGAAUUUGUGUAACACUUAUAAGAUGGAUGAUAAUACUCUAUACAAUUGAAGAUUCAUAGAAUUACAAAGUUUGAUAAUUAGUUAAUUU